UUUCUAUUUAAAAUUACUUUAUAUUUUGGUUGCAAUUUAUUUAUCACUACACUACGUAAACUGAGAAUAAUAGAAGGACAGCAGACAAGAGUAAACGUUUUUAGGAAUACUUGUUGUUAGCCGGAGGUAAGAAGAGGAACAAAGCAACAUGUAUCAUUUCACGGCGGACCAUCCCCCAGAGCCAGUAAGGCUUUCUUUUCGCGCAUUAAUACCGGGUCAUAUACGACAAUAUCUAAAGGACUUCCAAUUGGAUGCCAUACGUUUUAUGCACAACUUUUUGGCAAAAGGAGAAUUUUGUGUGUACAACGAUGAAAGUGGUUUGGGCAAACAGGCGGCCGUGGCCGUUUUAUUGGAUGCAGCUUGUAGUAGUAAAAAAUGUUUAAUUGUUGUCCAGAAUGAUGACCGCUAUGUUAAUGGUUGGGAUUUUCAUUUUAAUGUUUUAACAAAUACCAAUGUUACAGUUAUAAAAGAUGAAAAAGAUUCCACAGAUUCUCCCCAUAAUAUAUACAUUGCGAAAUGGAGCACCUUGAGGACAAUAGAUGAUUUGACUAAAUUUAAAUUUGAUUUCAUAAUACUCGAUAAUCGUGGCCAAAUGUUGAAUAAUAGUUUUUGUACAUCCAUGCUGCUGAAACAUUAUGAACGUAAAAUUAAUAUAUUGAUCUCCAGUGUUGAUAUAACAAGUGAUUUAAAACUAUUGCACAAUUGUUUGAGAUUAGGAGGUCGCUUAGAUCCUCAAUACUCCAGCUUUAAGACUUUCGAAGAAAAAUUUAAAUUACCCGAUGCUAAGGAAUUGGCCUAUAAACGUGUGGAUUUAGAAGAAUACUUUUGUAAGCGCGAACGUUUGGCUGACUAUUGCAAAGUAUUUCGUUUAAGACGUUAUUGUCAUCAAUACGAAAAACAAUUGCCUUUAGUUAAAGAGGAUCGUUAUAAAAUUAAUCUGGAAUUAUGGCGUGAAAAACAAAAUGCUACCAAUUCGGAAAGCAGCAGUAUCGAAUAUGUAAAUAAUCAAAACCGUGAAGAUGAACACAUUAAAGACACGCAAGAGCUGUUCGAGGAGUAUUGCAGACAACGGAGAAAACAACACUUGGAAUUUCAGCAGGAGGAGGAGAAACGAUUACAGCAAAGGGAGCGAGAAAUGUUGAAAAGUAUACAAACGGAAAAUGAAAUUAUAUACAAUGUAGACGAUGAAGUGGCUUUAAUAAAUGAUACGCCACCAAUGGUGCCGGAGAAACCAUCAGUUGCCAGGGAUAAUUCAGAUGAACCGGUUUUAAUGUCACCUUUACUUGUAGAAUCAGAUUCGGAUGCUGAUGACGUACCAGAAAUAUGCAAUGAUCCCAACAACGAUAUUGAAAUUGUGGAUUUGUCAAGGGAAGAAAAAGAAGACAAUCAGGAACACAAUAAACAAAACAAACCCAUUGAAUCCACUAAUAAGAGCAAGCCAGCUGAAGAAAAGACUAAAAGUGCCAACAAAAAUAACAAAGCUUCUAAAAUGAGACGUGAAUUGGCAAGAUUGGAUGAAGAUAUUGUGGAUGCUCUUAAAAUAAAGGAAACACCAAAACGAUUAACGAGACACAAAAAAGAGGAAGAUGCCUCAAACUCUUCAACUAAAAGACUUAAAGAUAGACUAGAGGAAAAAAGAGCAGAUGUUGCCACUUCGAAGAGAACAAAUUCAAAUGAAAGAACACCAAAGUCUUCAAAGAACAAUGCAAACAAUGACUCCAACAAUACAAAAUCAACCAUAAAAGCAGAAAAACCUACUGUUCAAAAAUCUCCCGAAAAAAGUACAACAACAAGCAAUAACACACAAAAACCUCCUAAAGACACGCGAAAGGCAAUAUCAACAGUUCCAGAAUUGGUGGCUACGGAAAAUUGUAAUACACCAAAAAAUACGAAAACUUCAAAAGACAAUAAAAAAUCUGCUUCAAUUUCCACAAACUCCAAAUCAAAUAUAAAUUCUAACGCAAUCGAGAUUAAGGAGACAAAUAAAACUAGCCAUGCUACAAGCACUCCUCUAACUUCAAGAAAAGCCAGGACUGUUCAAAAUGUGGCAAAAACCGCCAACCAAACUCCAACAAAAAAUAAAGACAAUCAGGUGCAUAUCAAGCAGGAACUUGUAGAAGAAACACCACAAACCCAGAAAACCAACUCUAAGGAUACACAGACCAAAGUGAACAGUGAAAGAAAAUGUUUGAAACGUGAAAUGGAAAUAACGCCGUCGGGUGUACAUCAUAAGCAGACACGUAGCAUGCAACGUUUAACAAGAUCUGCCGGAGGUGGCAGCAAAUAUUUAACAAAAAAUUUAGCUCUACAAAUAGAUAAAAUAAACAAACCCAAAAAGAAGCCGACUGUAAAAGAAAUCACACCAAAACCUGUGAUAAAUAUCAAUAAGCCAGAUGUAGCUAAAUAUAAAGAGGCUGAAAAAAACACACAAACUUCUAUUAUUUCACAUAGAAGUUCCCAAGAUUAUGAAUCGCUACAAUGUGCUCAACGUUUAAGUGGUGCGGCUGUUUUCGACAACGGUCUAGAAAAGUCCACAGAAUUCUUGGUGCCGGCUACACCGAACGUUAUAACAAGAAAUUCUCUUAUACCCUCAUCAUUGACAUCAUCAGCAGGAUUCUUUACUGAAUCUGAAGUUAUUUUCAUACCACCUACCCCAACGGAUGCAACGACCAACAGGAAACGUGAUCAAGUUAUAUCGCUUUCUAGUUCGGAAAAUGAAAACAGCACAUCGCAAUCGUCGUCAACGAAUAUCUCAACCACAAGUCGUAGAACACGUGCCUUGAAACCAAAUAGAAAACAACAACAACAGCAAAGCACAGAAACUAGCAAAGUACCCAGCUUUUCGGAAUUGCUAGCGCAACAGAAUACACGUGCAAGUGCCAAAUCACCAGAUCUCUUUAGUAAUUGCUCAGAUUUACUACCACUACCUUGUACGCAACCAAAUUUGGACAGCGAAGAACCAAAUACUCCCUUUGAAGGCUUUAAAAUUUUCGGUUCGGAAGUCAAACAACUACAGCAGCAUUAUGCUUUUUCGAAGAACAACAAUGCAAAUAAACUUAAUCCUAGCGCUAAGAAGUCGUAUCGAGACCAGCGUAGCUGUCUAGAUAUUUUAGAAAAAAUGUUUGAACCACCUAAUAAGAAAUCAAAACAAACAACUAACGAAAAAUCUACAAGCGCAGGCACUACGCCCACGAAAAAGGCAACUCGCAAUGCAAGUGGAGCAAAUAAACAAAAAACCCAAAACCCUAUAUUACCAUCACAUCCCAUAGAAGCCAUAGCGGAAGCUCGUCAGCAACAAGAAAUACAAAAACGCAAACGUUCAGCUGCUACUGCUGCUACCGCUUCCACUUCAGGCUUGCAAGAGGAUGAAAUAUUCGAAAUUACCAAUAAUGGUACGUUCGGCAGUGUUAUGCGUUUACACUCAAACGGUGAGAUAUCACCCGUACAACACACCCAAAAAUCCAAUACAAAGCAGCACAAUAAAAUUACCAACUAUCUGAUAGGAAGUGCUAUACAAAACGGUAGCUCUGGUUCCCAGGAAGAAGCAGUGCCACCAAACAGUGACAAUAGUGCAGGCUAUAAUAAUACGGAGGCUGGCACUCCUAGUAAGCGGCACCAACAGUUGUCUGCAGUACAAAAUUCAAAUGUGAAAAAAUCACCUAAAGGCAAAUGCAACUCUACACAGGCUACCAAACUAACUAAAUGGUUUACAAAACCUUCAGAAUUGAGCCGUCAACCAAGUGCUGCCAAAGCAAAAUCUUCAAAUUCAAAAAAGACACCCACCAAGCAAGUGCAUGUGCAUGUUAGUCAAGAAGUUGACCUGACUAUAGCAUCUCAGCCAACACCACCACCAUCAGGUAAAAGAAUUCUUAAAAGACGUAGACUAGAUUUAUCGUUUAACAAAUAGUUUUCAUAGAAAAUAUACUACUACUAAUAUUUAAAUUUUAUUGGUUGUUUGUUUACAAAAGAAGUUAACUUUUUUUGUAUUUCAAAUAGUUUUCGGUUUUUUUUGGCAUUAACUUUUAUUAAAUUAAUUUCCUAACUAGUUGAUAUAUUUAGCAUUAAACGAUUUAUUUAAAAAAAAAUUUUUUUUAAACACCAUUUUUCUUUCUUAGCAAAAAUAUACGUGUACUAUAAUUAUUUACGAAACAGGGUUAGGAUUAAAAAAAAAUAAUCAUGCUAAAUUGAUAUUUUAAAACAGAACAUUAAAUACACACCAAAGUGUUCUUAUACAAUUAA